GCGCACUCGCUGCGCAAGGCUCCCUCCACUUACUUACAUAUGGCCAUAGCCUGGAGAUAGUCUCAGACAGUUCGCAUUGCCGGUUCGAAGUAUCUUCUCAUCUUGAGCACAGGUCUACUUGAGACGUAUCAUCCUCGGGUUUAUAAUGGCUCUCGACUUCGCGCACGAGCCCCAAGCGUUCACGACGUAUGGGUGGAUAGCAUGCGUGUGGGUCCUCGUAGUCUCCUUUCAGUAUGGCUUCCACAUAUCCUCCCUCAACCAAAUCCAAGCGGUCCUCACCUGCCGCGCCCUCGACGAGACUAGCCCUCCGACGCACUUAGGCAUGCCCACCUGUAUUCCCAUGUCCGACGCCACCUUCUCCGUGGUGACCUCCGUCUACACCGUUGGUGGGCUCAUGGGAAGCCUGGGUGCGAACCUCGUCAUGGACCGCUGGGGCCGCAGAGGCGCUGUCCGCAUAAGUGCGAUUGCAACUGGGGCGGGUGCUGCAUUGAUGGGUGUCUCUGCCGGUCUGGCGCCAUUGAUUGUCGGAAGGACAUUGACCGGUGUCGGUGCCGGGAUUGGUCUCUGCGUCGGUCCGAUUUAUCUCUCUGAGUUGGCUCCUCCCAAGAAGCGAGGUGCAGUGGGCGUCCUGACCCAAUUCGCAAUCGUCGUAGGUAUCAUGAUCACCCAGAUCAUGGGUCUCCAACUCGCGACCGCCACCCGCUGGCGCAUAGUCCUAUUCUUCUCUGCCGCCCUCGGAGCGAUGCAAUUCGUGUUGAGCGGUGGCAUGAUUGAGUCUCCGACGUGGCUCGACCGCAACGGGUUACUCGUGGAGAAAGACAAAGUCACGCAGAGGAUAUGGAAGAGUGGGCGAAGCCCCGAUUCGUCGAACUACGAUAGCCAAGACCCCCUGCUUGGCGCAGAUCUCGAGGCAACUGAAGAAGAUAUUCGGACGCCAGUCCCUGUCGUCGAGGUGCCCGAACGCAAUGAUCAAGAGGAAGCCAUCAAGGUGCCGGAACUACUGGUGACGCCCAGCCUCCGCCGCCCGCUGACGAUCGUCUGCUUCUCCAUGCUAGUACAACAAUUGUCUGGUGUCAACGCAGUGUUGUACUACAGCAAUGACAUCCUCUCGAAAGCCCUGCCCGACUGGGGGCCGUGGAUCUCUGUUGGCAUCACCGUCGUCAACUUCCUGAUGACCUUUGCGCCUAUAGCCCUCAUUGAUCGCGUUGGGAGGAAACAACUCCUGUCGGUCUCGGCCGGCGGCGCGAUCCUCUCCCUGCUGGGCGUCGGCUUCGGGCUCAAUUCGGGCCUCGUCGCGCUCGCCAGCGUUACGAUCAUCUCCUUCGUCGCCUCGUUCGCCGUAGGUAUUGGCCCAGUGCCAUUCGUCAUGAUCCCAGAAGUAUCGCCCCAGCAUGCCGUCUCCGCGCUCUCCUCCGUCGCGCUCUCGCUCAACUGGAUCGCGAACUUCCUCGUCGGGCUCGUCUUCCUCCCGCUGCGGAACGCGCUCUCGGGGGGCGCCGAGGACAAGGAGGGCCGCGUAUUCUACGUGUUCGCCACUCUGCUCGCGUUUUGCACGUUCGUGCUGUUCAGGGUGUAUCGAGGCUGAUUCUCCAAAGCUGCACCACACGUGUAUUAUAGGGCUCGAGUCAUGGGAUUGUUUGAUGUUGGGUUGGUACGUCAAGCCGCCGCAGCCGCCGCCGCAGUUGGCGUGGUGGUUUGUACAGGAGAGGGCGCAGAGAUAUGGAUCAAUAGCAUAUU